AUGGCCGAUCCAUUUUCAGUGGCUGGGAGCGCGGUAGGCGUUAUCUCCCUCGGUCUCACAGUCUGUCAGGGCCUCCUGGCCUACUAUGGGCCAUUUAAAGCGUAUGAUGAGCAAAUUCAAGACGUCGCAAACCGUAUAGCGAAUUUCGACAGCACGUUGAAGGUGUUAAAGAAUGUUGUAAACAACACCCAAGUUUUCUCCUCUCCGUUGACGAGCCAAUCAGCAAACGUGGCACUUGACUCUGUCUUUGAUUGCCAAGAAGGACUAGACAGAUUACGCAAGAUGCUAGAUAAUUGCAAUAGCACAAGUACGGGCCCUUUAGGGCGCAAAAUUCAGCUCAAUAGGAUAACGUAUCCUUUCAAACGUGAUACACUGAUGACACUCUUGGAAACUGUGAGCUGGCUACAAGCGCAUCUCAAUACCACACUACAAACCUUGAAUAUCGCUAUGUUGGUGGUAUCUCAGGAGAAAACAGACAUUGCCAUUGCGUUUUCAACAUCAAAUGCCCUCAAUACUAGUCGGAUGCUACUCAAUGCUGAAAAGUCUGAUCAGCGCGGCAUGAGUAUUGAGAAUAGACUGGAAAUACUUGAAGAUCAUCUGAAACAGAUGAAAAUAGCUGCAACAAAACUCAGCCAGUUCUCACACCAGGCUUACUCCGAUCAGCGUUAG